UUAUAAAAACGCAAUAAAAAAAAAAUUAAAACAUGCAUAAAAGUAUGACAAAAAGUCAGAUUUCUGACCAUUCAAAAGUUUCUUCAAAUUCUUAAAAAAUUCUUGCUAGUGUAACCUAAAAAUCAUCUACAAAAUUAUACAGAUUCAAAGGAAUUUUCGAUUCUGAAGAUAUUCGUGUAUCAUGGAAUGCAUUUGGCCUAUAUUUAAGUCGUUAAUUAAGAAUGGGAAGAGCAGUUCACAUAUAAAAUUUUGGUACAUUUACUUUCUCUGCUCCAGAUUAUAAAUUAGAAGGAUGUAGUAACCCAUGGGAAAGAGAUAAGUAAUUAAGAAAUCCUGUAUUUUUAGUAUCUAAAGAUUUUAUAAAAGGCGGUGACUUAAAACAAGGUAUAUGUACCCAAAACAUAGUCCGUCCAUAUGGUGCAAACGGUGUAAAUGGUAAAAUACCUUUAAGUAAAAUAAACUUUACGGAAGUUGGUAUAUACGCAUCUAUGGAAAAAGAUUAAGCAAAAACUUGUAUUGAAAGAAUUAUUCGUUAAUUAUAAGAUUAAGCAAAAGCUGAAAGCAGUGUGGAUAUGGAAAUUCCUAAUGUAGGUUUUUUUCGUGUUAGAAAUAAUAUCGUGGCAGUUUAAUUUAACGAGUUUUUAUCAAAAGAUGCUAAAUAAAUAAGCAAUCAAUAUUAACAAUUAACUCAGAAGAAAUUAAAAGGAGAAAUGUCUUUAACUCGUGAAAACCUCAAAAGAUUUCUCGAUUUGAAGAGUAUGGAGGAAAAUCUAUAAAACCAACCUGAUGAUAUACUCGAAAUAGACGAAAAAACAUAAAAUUUUAUUAAAUAAAAUUAUAAUAUAGAUCUCUAAAGUCUCAAUAAUCCUACCAGAAGAUCAAUUUUUGAUGCAAAUAGGACUAAAUCAGCCAAUCCUUAAUCUAUAAUGAGCAAAACAGCUCCCUAUAGGGAUAAUUGGAUAUCUCUUUCAGGAAAACAAAGUAAAGAAUAUAUUCAUAAAAAUAGAAAAGAAAUAGACUACUCAUUAAAAUAACUUACUAUAUGGAUUAACAAAAACUAACUAACAUGUGAAGAUGCUUUUAUUGAAUUUUGUAAGAAGUCUACAGGUAACCAUCAUAUAGGAAUAAAAUUAACGAGUGAAGAUAUAUAUAAUGGAAUUUCUAAGCUAAAUUUAGAAAUUAAUAGUGUCUAAAUCACUGAACUUCAUCGUCUUUUGGACCAUAAUAAGGACGGAUUUGUUGAUUUGGAUGAUUGGUUAAAUGUUUUUAGAAUAACGAGGAACCCUUAGUUAUAAUUAAUAAGAGAAAAUAUAAGAAAAAGUGGUUUUUCGGAAGAAGAUUUAUUGGAAAUACUAGGAUUUACUAAAGAUUAAAAAAGUAUUAAUAAUGUCAUGUUAAAAGGUGCUUUGAAAAAAUUAGAUAAAAAUUUGGAUGAUGCAAAAGCUUUUUAGAUAGUCUAAAGUAUUAUGAAAGAAAAGGAAUUAAUUGAUUCUUAUGAUAUAAUAGAAGAACUUGGGGUUAAUCAAAAGAAUUUGAUGUAUGAAGAAGCAGGGUAUAUUGACAAAAAGUGGCUUUUAGAAUUCGUUUAGAGACUAGGGGGGUUUUAGAACGUGUUUAGAUAAAAGUUUUAAGAUUUAGAUCCAUAAAAUUAAGGAGUUUUGGAUGUUUAGAGUUUCAAGAGUUGCUUUUAGAAAGAUUCUAUGGAUGUAACAGGGAACGAAAUACAUAGGUUGGUGAAAAAUUUACAAGUUUUAUAUGAUAUGGGAGGGUAAAGUGUACGAUAUGUAGAUUUUAUGUAUCUUUUAUUGAAUGUAAAAGUGGAAGAUGUAAAAAAUGAGGAAAAGUUUAUAAAUGUAGAGGAUUUUGUUAAGAAAAUUAAAGAUUUUUUAGAUAAAAACGGAUUAUCUAAUCCUUAAGUUAUAAUUGAAAAAGUAACAAAAAAAAUUGGGCAAAAUGAAAUUAAAGUGGAAGAUUUUGCAACUUUUUUACAAAAAUAUGCAUUUUAAUAUAAUAAGGAAAGUGAACUGAUGUCAUUUAUUUAAUUAAUGGAUAUUGAUAAUGAUGGGAUUAUUUCUUUUGAAGAUUUAGAUACUUUUUUGAGUAGAUUGGAAUAUAUUAACAAUAAUAAUGUAAGAAAAGUUAAACAAAAAGAAAUUUUUUAAGAAAAUAAACUCUAUCCUUAAAAGCCUUUAAGUGAAAAAGAAAUGGAGGAUAUUUUGAGAGAAUUAAGGUAGAUUUUGUAUCUUAAAAAAAUGAGUUUUUAUAAUUUCUUUAAGCUUUUGGAUGGAAACAAAGACGAUUUUAUUACCAUUAAUGAUUUUUAGAAUAAUAUUGGAUUGGUAAUAAAGCUCAACAAAGAAGAUAGGGACGGGCUAUUUGCUUUUAUGGACAAGUAGAAAAUUGGGAUGAUUGACUAUAAGACUUUUAUUGAUACAAUGAAUUUAACUACUUUGGAUUUAUAAUAAUAAUAGGAAUAAAGGGAGUUUAAUUUAAAAGCAAUGAAAAAGGAAGAUGAUUGGGAGUGGACAAAAGAUGUUUUAGCAAAAAUAAAAAACUGGUUUAGAGAAGAAAGGUUAACUAUUUAGGAUGCUUUUAGAGUUUUUGAUAAAGAUUUUGACGGAUAUAUUAGUAAGGAGGAUUUGUAGAAUUUUCUUAAGGACGUUUUGAAGAUUUCGGAAAAGGAAUUAGAAGGACAAAGGAUAAAUAGGCUUUUUAAACUUAUGGAUGAAUUUAAAAGAGGGACAAUUAAAUUGGCAGACUUAAAUAGACUACUUUGUGAAGAUUUUAGUCCUGUUCAAAACUUUGUGGUUACUGGAGGAAAAUUUAUUGAAGGCAGAAGUUCUUUAGAUUGGAAAAUUAAUGCUAAAUAAUAAAUUGGCUUAGUAAUAUCAAGAUAGUUUUUGACUUUAGAUUAAAGCUUUGAUAGUAUUUCGGGGGGUGGAUAAAGGAUUAUUUAUAAUUAAUUUGAAUAAUGGAUAGAAAAAAGUAGAGCAUUAUUAGGAUUUAAUUUAACCAAUUAACUUAUUUAAUAAGUUUUCUCAGAUUUGGAUCCACAUAAGAAAGGGUAUUUAACUAAAAAAGAUUGGAUUUCAACUUUUAGUAUUAUUAUCUAUUUUAUUAUAUAUAUCUAUUUUUUUUUAGGUGGAUUUAAUUGGUAAAAUUAAAUGCUAAAAGAAGUUUAAGAAACUGUAAGUACUGAUUUUAGAACUUUAGAAGAAGCUUUUAAUUAUUUUUCAAAUAAAUCGGUAAUUUUUAUUAUUCAUUUUAUAUAUAUUUAAUUAUUUUUUUAGAAAUAUAUUACUUAUUCUUUAUUCGAAAAUGCUAUAAAAUCUUUAUUUCCUGAUCGUUUUCAUUAAAGUGAUAUAAUGUCUUUAUGGUUUAAAUUAGUUAAUAAUAAUACUAAGUUAAUUGAUUAUUAGAAUUUUCUUUAUAUUUUUGGUGAUAAGAGAAGUGCUUUAUUAUAAUAAGAACAUCCUCGUCCAUUAACAGCUCCUUUAAUAAUGCCUCCAACCAAUAACAAAUAUGCUAUUUAUGAUCCUACUACUGAUGAAAUAGUUACUAAGGUUAAGUAAAUUUUGAGAACUUCAAAUAAAAGUAUAAAUUAAGUUUUUAAUGAUUUUGAUAAAGAUAAAAGUGGGGAAAUAUCAAAUUUGGAAUUCAAAGCAGCAUUUAGAAAUUUAAUAAUUGGGUUAACUUCGAAAGAAAUAGAUGUUUUAUUAAAUUUCUGUGAUGAAUCAGGGGAAGGAAUUGUUAAUUGGAGAGAAUUUAUUAAUAAAUUUAAAAAAAAUGAAUCAUAAGAAAAAAUAAUUGAAAGAAGCAAAUAAAGAUUAAAAUUAAUAAAUGAUGAUAUUCAUUAUUAUAUGUUAUCACCUAAAGAUGCUUUUCGUCACUUCAAUACAGAUCAUACAGGUUUUAUGAAAUUUGACGAAUAUGUAAAUUUCAUGCAAAAAUUAAGUCAAUAUGGCAACUAUCCAUUACCUCCUUAUGAAAUAUUAAGAGAUAUUUUUGACACUAUAGAUAUCCGUAAAGAUAAUUUAAUCGAUAUGAAUGAAUGGUUAUAGACUUUUAACUAGUUUAAGCCGCCAGAUGCUAGUAUGUAGGGUCGUCCUUUAUAAUUGAAUGCUAAUGAAAUAAAAGAAAGUAAAUAAAUGAAAAAGAUGUAAACUCUUUAAUAGAGAAGUUAGAUGCCUUUUGAUAUUUAAAAUUAAAGACUUGAUUUAUUGAAAAUACAUAACCCGAAUAAUAUAAAUAAGGUUAUGGAUUUUAAAGAGCCUUUGAAAUAAUUAGAAACAUCAAAAGAGUAUGACGAUAUUAUGCAUAUUAUUGGAAGAAAUAGAAAAUAUUUAAUUAAUAUUUUUUAGGAAAUUUCUAAAAGAUAGUAGAUUACAUAUGAAGUUGCUAAAAAUAUUAUUGCAGAGUUAUUAAGGAGUAUUGGGAUUGUUAUUGAUAAUUAAUGUUAUAUUAAAUUACUUAAGUUUGCGGAAAAAAAUGGUAUAAUUGAUUAUUAAUUUUUAUUGGAAGUAUAUAAGGAAAGAAUGUCAAGAAUUGUUAAACAACCUUUAAAAGCAUUUAAUAAAUAAUCAUGA